AGGCAGGAUAACCGGGUACCUAAGGCUGCGAAGGCACCAACGACGUCUAAGACGACUAGGUGCACUACCUACCUCCUCCUACCUCCUAAGGUACAUGCCUGAUGCUCCCGUCUGCAUACCUACCUAGGUACCUCCCACCCACCAUCAAACCCGCCAAUACCAUGGCUACGUGCCCACCACGUAGACAUAGGACAGGCUGCGCAUCCAGGACCCAAUGUUCCCUAUUCCCGUGGGAUAGGCUUAGGUAAAGUCGCCAAACCUGCUACCGCCUCUCGGCCUCGCGGCAUGCGAUCAGUCAGCAUCUCUCUCCCUCUCUCAUCCAACACACACACGCACACACACACACACAUACACAUCCUUGGUAUGCAUGUAGCUGAAAACUUCCUGCGACAGCUUCGCUCGACAACGCGCCGCGCCACCGUACUAGAAAGCCACCACCAUCAGAUGGAUUCCUCCUGCUCGCUUACCGUUGCAGUGGUUCAUUUGCCCGCGCUAUCUACGGCCUGCACGUAUUAUCAUGUCUCGAGAGUUUGUCCGACCUCGCAUCCCUACUCCUCCGGCCUCCCCCCCCCUCCCUUUUCCUCCCUUGGUCGCCUCGCACAUGACUGCCGAUCGAGCACUAGAGAUUCUCAGAGAUGCGAGGCCAAAGAGGCGCCGCCGACGUGCCAAUUGACUAGUUCCCGCCUUCGGCUAUCUGCGAUGAUAGUUGACCAAUCUCGCUUGCCAGACGCCUCCAAGCUCCUCGAUCGCCCCGAGCCCUUGUCUCGCCUCCAGCUCGGUCCCCUCCAAGCUCGGCCGGACGGGGUUACUAUACUACGGUGGUACGGUUGGUGUUGCGAGGGCUCAUUGCCUGUUUCGUCUGCCAUUGCAGGCUGCCUCUCGACCCGUGCAACUCGUGGGGAAGCUCGGGUUUCGCGUCGUAUUUACAUUUGGGCGGAGAGGCGACGCAGUGUAGCCCUCCGAGCUGCGUGUGCUACGUGUGAUGUGUGUGAUGCGUGCGCACGCGUGGUGUGCUUCAUCCGCAGGUGACGAGACCAGUCGAUGUUGAGGUAGAAGGCAGGCCGAAGGUAAGUAUCGCCGCGAGCGAGCGAGUAGCAGACCGUCGCUCCAACGACUGACAUGGGCCGGCCCGCAUCGAACGUGCUGCGCCCUGAGUCUGAGUCUGCAUUCCUCCCA